AUGUGCAGCCCAAUGCAAAUUUCCCCUCCCUCUGCUAGUCUUGGAGACCUGAAACCCUAGAUUGGCUCCCAGUGGACGGGGUGCGGCCGUGCCGCUCUGCCGGAGCCUGCCGGAGGCGCUCCACGCGGUCGGGCCGCCGCGCAUCCUUCUUGGGGUGCCGGCGUUCGUUUCCUGGUGAGCCAGAGCCAGGUGGAUUGGACUGGCAAGAGGAAGACGAGCUGGUGAACAACUGCUCUAUAAUGGAUCCCAACAUGAAGCAGCUUCAAGAGGCUCUGGUUGAUAUUGAGACUGAUGCAGAAAAAGUUCUUCUGGCUAGGCAUCAGUUGGUGGAAAAUGAUAAGAUAAGAAAUGGUAACAGGGAGGCGCUGACGGCCCUCCGGAAACAAGCUAGGACGACCAAGACUAGUGUGCCAUCUCCCUUUGAGGUCAUAAUGAAAGAGGUGGAAGGAAGCUCUGGCAAGCAGCUGAUAAAGGAGAUAUGCCCAACUUGUGGAGAUCAUGAUCCCAAGGAACAUACUUGGCUAAUGUUUCCUGGAUCCGAUAUUUUUGCCCGUGUUCCAUUUCAUGUGGCACACACUGUUGUGGAGAAAGACCAAGAACGCCUGGAUUUGGAUACCAAGAAACUGCAAAGCUUUGUCAAGGAGAAAUCACUUGUGAUUGCCGAGAAAGGCGCCCUAGCAGGCAGAUUCGGUGCUGACACUGUGAAAUCUUUGGUCAGCCUUACGGACACAACUAAAUCGACACGGGAGGGCGGGGAGGUGAAGUACCAGUUGGGUUGAGUUGUCAGCGUUCAGCCACAAUCCCUCUCUUGGAUAUCUGGUGUUUGUUCGCUUAAUCCCCUUCUCAAAGGGAUUGAAGGGGAUUGGGGGUGUUCAAACACCAAACUGAACAAAGCUAUGUAUAGAUUUCUUUUCUUUUGUGUGAAACAAGAUCUUGCAUGUUGUUAGCACUAGCAAAAAGGGAUUGAAGGGGAUUGGAGGUGUCCUUUUCUUUUGUGUUUCUACAACCUUGUGAAGAAGGUUUACAUAUUAAAGUAAUUAAAUUUGUUCCAAACUGAUGUUGGGUUGUGUAUUCU